AAUAUCUGAGAUGUUUUCUAUAAAAGGCUCCAAGAACGUUGAGGUUUCGAGCCAGCAACCAUCGAGAUACCAGACUUCAUUCCAUUCAAACCUAUUCCCUCACCUUGCCCAACAUCUGCUCAUUAUAUACAACGUAGCAACCAACCGAGCCGUCUUCAACAUGGAUUGCACCCAUGAUAAAGACCUCCAGCUGUUCUAUCUCUCUGCCCUGUUCGGUGCCGUGAACGACAGCUGCAGGAAGAUGCACAACGUCACCUACUCGUCCGGCGACUCUCGCCGCGACCGCAUCCUCUCCCCUUUCCAGUCCUUCCUGUGCAAGCUUGCCCAGGUCUGCGACACGGAGAAGGGAGGGGAUACUGUCACUGCCCUGGUCGCCCUGAAGGCGGCCAACGGGCCGGGGUACCUCUUUGCCUCCAACAAUCGCAAGGAGCAGGAGCUCGAGAGCACGCGGAAGUUCCUCGGCGCCUUGCUCAACUUUGUCGGCAGAAAGCCCGAAAACCUCACUGAGAAGACUUUGAAGAAGCAAGUGCUUGGGCGCAUUCUGGAGUUCAACUUCUCCAGGGUCGGCUUUUAUCUCAAGCGGAUUCUUGCUUUCGUCGGUAAAUGUAUCGCGAGCAGUCAUUCUUUGGCAACUCAUGGCGGACCCGAAAUAGUUGCACGGUUGAGGCUGAUCGAGGCCAAUGCCACUUUUCCACACGACAUGCCGUCUGACACGAGCGCGAGAUUGAAGUUUCUCAAAGACUGCGUGUCUCUUAUUAAAACCAUCCAAGACGCGAUGGCGCCAGGCUCAGGCUUCAUUCUGGCCAUGAACGAGGGUGCCGGUGCCGACGAUCCAGACACCUCGUAUGCUUGGUGUCAGCUACGCCACCACCUAGGCCGGCUGUACUCGUACCGCCAAGCAGCUGACAGCAUCGUCGCGGCCCACAAAGAGCGGCCCGAACUCUUCACCGGCUUCACCGUGGGGCAUAUCCCCUCCAGCCGCCCUAGAAAACUCUCGCUGCCGAAAGAGUCGCUUUCGCUCGAGGACGUGAUCCUGGUAGCCUUCCCCGACAGAAAUGUCAUGGCGUACAACAGCCAAAUUGAGCAGCUCCGCGACUACGGUCUGGACGAUCAUAUCCGAGAGAGACUGGAGCAGAAGCCGGUGAGGCAAACUGUCCACUGCGAGGUGCACCUUCAGGAUUUCCUCGUCCGGGGCAAGAUGGUAGAACCGCACGACUACUGGGACAAUGACAUGUUCAUUGCCACCAGCAAGCCUCCGUGCCGACUCUGCGAGUACUACUUUGAUGACUUGGAACACGACUUUGCGGUUCAGUCACCCCACAUGAACGUCUAUCCUAAGUGGCGGCUUCCAGACGUGUAUGAGGGACAGGACGGGGGCGCCGUCAUGCGUCGGGAGGAGCUGCUGGACGUAAUCAUUGGGCAUAUGCAGCAGGACACCCUCCGCGUCGUCGAGAAGCACCACCCGGAGUGGAAGCGCAACGAUUCGCGGACCGAGUCGUGGGUUGGGGAAUCGAGGCAAGGGGAACGCAGUGACACGCGAACCUCUGGUCGUUUUCCCAGCGCGAGCGGCACUGGCGGGCAGGGCAUGGAGGCCGAGCGGCGGGGUUUUCCGUUCCAGAUGCAGAUGCCUGUUGAGGUCGAGAACGAGUACGUUUGCGUCGGAUCCGCCUCAUGAUGAGGAGAGCAGCAGAGGAGCGGCAGCCAGCAGGGUGCAAUUUGCGGACGGGAUGGCGCCCUGGCUCCUUGUCGACAUGAUUUUUGUUGGGUUUGGUUGCAGUAUUUCACACAGUCUAGUUUUACAAUCUCUAUCACGAUGCAUGCCAGAUGGCA